AUGGUAUUCGAAGGAAUUGUUUCUGAUGUUCUAUCCCGUGUGUUGGGAGAUUAUAUAAAGAACUUGAAUAAGGAUCAAUUAAAGAUUGGUCUAUUCGGUGGCAAUGUUGUAUUGAACAACUUGGAGUUGAAGGAGGAUGCCCUGGCUAACUUGCCAAUCAAUCUGCCAAUAUCAGUGGUCAAAGGCUUCCUGGGCAAACUGGAACUGCACGUCCCCUGGAAGGACCUGCGAUCAAAGCCCGUCAUCGUUGAGAUCGAGUCCAUCUAUGCAUUGGCUGUGCCAACGUCCAGCAACUACAAGUACGACGAGGAGACAGAGGUUAAGAAGGCAAGAGAGGCCAAGCGCAAGCGUGUCCAGAGCUACGAGCUCAUGAAGACCCUGCGUGAUGAGGCCAGCGAAGAGAAGGCCGGUGGCGAUUCAUUCGCCAGUCGUCUAGUCACCAAGAUCAUUGACAACCUACAAGUUAGGAUCAAGAAGAUACAUAUUAGAUUCGAGAACAAGAGCAGUAUUACAAAUAGAUUGUAUGCUGUUGGUGUCACACUCGAUGGCAUAUCUGCUCAAUCAACCGAUGAGAAUUGGGCACCAAUGUUUGUGGAUGGAAGAGGUACCAACACCAAUACAACUCCAGACAUCUUGCGCAAGUUGGCACAAAUGAACUCGCUUGCAGCCUACAUUGACGAUGAUGCAACAUCUAUGAGCGAUCUUGACACUCAGGCAUUCACAGCAGCCUUCCUCAAUGCCAUACCUACCAGCGAGUCGCCAACUACUGCUCUGCGCAAGUUUGUCUUCAAGCCAAUCACAUCGGAGCUCAAGGUCUCCGUGAACAAGAGCAACAUUGUCUAUGAGAAGAACAUCCCGAGGAUCACGGCCGACUGUGUCUUCUCGGAUAUCACGUGCGCGCUAGCUGCGCCACAGUUCCACUCGGUGCUCAACAUACUCGAGUUCACCAAUGACUUCCUGCGCGACAUGAAGUACCUCAAGUACCGCCCACAGAUCAGCGUCAGCUCGGACCCACGCGCUUGGUGGCGCUAUGCCGGCGAGGUCACACUGGAGAAGAUCAGACUCAAGCGAUACCAGAGCUCAUGGAAAUUCUUCCUGGAGCGAAAGAAGGACCGCAUUCGCUAUAUUGAGCUCUACAAGAGAUCAUUGCCCAACUGUAAAUGGUUGACGCCACUGACCAAGAAUGAGAAGACAGAGUUGGAGUUGCUCGAGGACAAGCUGGUGUAUGAGGACAUCAUCUUUUAUCGAUCAUUGGCCUACGCUGAGAUCAAGAAGGAGUCGGAGAAGAACAAGAUCAGGACCGAUUACCUGGACACUAAGAAGUCUGAGCGAGGCUUCGUUCAGAACUUGUUUGGAUGGGGUCAGCGCCAGACUGACGAAAAGGAGGCGCCGCUGGUCAACCUGUCCAACGAGGAGAGAGACGAGUUGUAUCGAACGAUUGAGUACUCCGAGGUGAUCGAGUCAGCUGAGGAGCCUCCCGAGUGGGUCAAAGUUGUGGCUGACUUGGCGAUCAAGUCGAUACAGGUACAGCUGGUCGAGAACGACACACCAUUCGUCCAUGCAGCGCUGACAUCAUUGGGUGCGUGUCUGAAGCAGAGGAAGGAGGGCAUUCAACUGUUCGCCAGCCUCCAUCAAAUCGCAGUGUUUGAUCAACACACACAGAACACCCUCUAUCCCAAGGUCAUCUACUCCACCUCGUCCGACAACAACAACAAUAACAAGUUCUUGACUGCAGCCGUCGACACUGGACCCUCUGACAAGACAAUGGACGUGUCUGUGGAGCUCAACGUCGAGCCACUACAAGUGGUCGUGUCUAGAGACCUGGUCAUGAAGAUUGUGGACUUCUUCAAGAGUCCAAAGUCAGUCGAUUUGUCCAACAUCUCCAACAUUGCUGGCGACUACAUCGACAGUGUCGCCGAGAGAACCAAGAUGCAGCUUCAGAACGCACUGGACACCCACAAGGUGCUGGGUCUGUCGGUGAAGAUUCAAGCGCCCGUCAUUAUCCUGCCCGAGAGUGUCAAGACUCCCACGGCCAAUGCACUCAUUCUCGAUCUGGGCAGUCUGACGGUCAAGUCCGACCCUGCCAAUCAGAACAUCAAGGGCAAGGUGGUGUCGAACACAUCCGAGGAAGGCUUCUACGACAAGUUCAACAUCUCGUUGGAAUCGAUUCAGUUGCUGUUGGUCAACGAUACCAAGUCAUGGAAUGACAAGAGGGUGCAGAUUGAGCAGAAGACACACAUAAUCGACAAGUUUGAUGUGCACCUCCAGAUACACUCGUGUGUGCAGCAAGACAGCAUCACAUUGACUAAGCUCAAGGUGCAUGGAGAGCUGCCUCAGCUGAGCAUCUUGGUCUCAGACUCCAAGAUCAAGCAGUUGCUAUGCAUGGCUGAGACCAUGGCCGCAGAUUGGAAGCAGCCCGCCCCAGCUGUCUCAUUGGCAGAUCAUCCAAUUGUGCCCUCGACAGUGGUCACCAGGAGCAAGGUUAUUGAUGUGCUAUCACAACAAUCUGACGACCAGAACAAGGCUAGCUCAAGCUCAAUCGAGACUUUGAUCAAUCAUAAGAAGAUCAGCUUGCACUUCAAGGUCACAAGGAUAUCGGUCACAGUGUCACGUGAGUCAAUCAAUCUCAUAUGUCUCUCUGUUCAUGGAUUGGAUGUAGCAUUCGCACUGAGGACAUUUGAUGCAGUUGGCAAGGUCAAGUUGGAUCGUCUCGACAUUGAUGACCUGUACACACAGUGCAAGCUGAAGAAGCUAGCAACCUCCAAUCCAUCAAAGGACCUUCAUGGCGUCUCCAACAACACAUCACUUGUCCAAGUCAACUUCAAACAAUUCCAACCAAACUCUCCGGAAUACAAGAAGAUUGAUAUGACGUUGGACGUCAACUUCCAAUCAUUCUACUUGGUCUGCAAUCCAAUGACCAUCAAGCAACUGCUCAUUCUUGCGCUGUCCUUUGAGUCCAAGAAGUUACCUGAUGUGUCUGGCAAGCCAGGCAAUGCCAGUCCAUCUAUUGCCUCGCAGCCCACCACACCUGCCAAGCAAUUGGCAACACCAAAGAAGAGACUUCCAAGUGAGUUCAUCGCAAUCCAGGUGACAGCCAGCAUCAAUAGUUUAGGAGUGCUGUUGAACCAGGAGGAUGACAGUCGUCUUGGUGUGUUCUCAAUCAAUGAGAUCAACGUGUCCACCACCAUGUUCAAGGACACCAGGAUGUCAGUAGCCGGCUCAUUGGGUAGCAUUGUUGUAGAGGACCUCACCGAUACCCCUUCGCUCUACAAGAGAAUCAUUGCGCCACACGACGAGCAUGAGUCAAUGCUCAACUUUGGAUUCAACACACAUCCCAAGCACCUUGCCAACUACAGUGGCUUUGACAGCUCGUUCAACGCCAACAUCAAGUCAAUUGUGAUCAACACUCAGCUUGGAUUCAUCAUGCAAGUGCAAAGCUAUGUCCUGGGAGGCAUGCUUGACCCGAUCCUGAACAAGCCAAAGCCUGCGAUUGCUGAGACUGGACCAAACAAGGACAAGGAGGACCCACAACAACAACGUGUGGACCUUGCCCAGGUGGUCAGUCGUUUCAAGCUUGAUGUGGUCGUCCAGACACCAAUCUGUCGCAUUCCACAGUCAUCUACAUCGUCAAACCUUCUCAAUAUUGAGUUGGGCAACAUCAUCGUGUCCAAUGGAUUCAUUGACCAUCAGGUUACCAAGCAGCCAAUGGACAUCAUGACUGUGCGUCUUGAGUCGACCAACAUCACCAUCGUGGAGAAUGAGAAGCAGACCAGCUUCCUCAAGAAGUUCAACUUCAACGUUGGCAUCAAUCGAUUCCUGUUGCCCAAUCACAGCAUUGAUGUGGAGGACCUGCUCAUCGACCUGAGCGUGUCCAACAUCAACUUCAUCCUGACACAGGACCAGAUCGAGUUCUUCCUCACAAUGGCUGAUAGUCUUGUUAGGGAGCUUGGUGAUGCGACCAAGAAGCAUUCGUCAGCAAUGCCUCCUCAAGCCACAGCACUUCCCUCCUCUCCACCAGGCACUCUGGAGCCAAUCAAACCAAUGGGCAGGGACCUGCUGGUGCUGAAGCUUUCGCUGCCAAGCAUUGGCCUGGCCAUCCAAUCUCCCGAGACUUCCAUUGCCACACUCGAGUUGAAGAACAUAUAUGUUGACUUUAGGACGUCAUUGAACCAACGCACCAAGCUGCAGGCGACACUCGAAUCAAUCCGUGUCACAGACGACCGUGAAGCCUCUGAGAACAUCUUCAAAAAUCUCCUCGAGAACUACCCGACCAAGAAGGGAACUUUGGUGCCAUUCAUCCACUUUGGCUACAUUCGCGACAACCUCUCAGGUGACCAGUUGUUGAACAUUGAGGUCAACAAGCCAUGUCUGUUCGUCUCGCCCACACCAUUCAUCAUGAUUGCCGAGUUCUUCAUGCAACCACUUCAGGCACAUCAGAAGAAACAACUACGCGUGCCAGAGCCCAUUGCUGAUGAGGCCUUGGCAGUAGCAGUUCCAGAGCCAGGUGCAGCGGUCGUUGUUCACGACAAGGAGCAAAGGGUGCCCACGAUCACACUCAACUGCUCGCUAAAGGCCGAGAUGACUCUGGUUGAGAACGAGACACAGCCAAACACAAGGUGCAUCACAGCCAAGACCAAGGUCAAGGUCACAUUCAAGCGACUAUCGAACGGCGCUGAAGAGGCAACAGUAUCAGUAGUCAAGACCAAGGUGGACAUAUUUAGACCAUCAGAUAUGUCCGACAUGGAGCAGAACACAGCGCAAGGCUCACAGCGCCCCGUUCAGAUCCUCAAGCCAAUCGAGAUGCUUCAAGUCCAAUACUCCAAGUCAUUGGACACCCUGACCCAGAAGUGGAAGCAAUCGAUCAACGUCUCAUCAACAAUCAUCAAGCUGUUCUUCUCUUACGAUGAUAUCAACACAAUGUUGAAGGUCGCUCAGAACUUGAGUGCACAACAACAGCAACAACGACAACAGAAGUUACGAGCUUUGGACAGGUCGCCUUCCUCUCUGAGCGUCAGCUCAAUGUCAUCAAUGGCGUCCAGCGCCAACUCUGACUCUCUGGCCACACAGUCAGCAUCGACUGCACCCUCAGACGAAGAGAGGAUAUAUGACAUUAACGAGAUACUUGACUUUAAGUGCCCAUCAAUCAGCAUCCUACUCAUCAACGAGUCAUCUAACAUGCACCUGCCCAUUGCAGAGCUGUACAUCAAGGAGCUUGGCGCAAAGGUCACCAACUGGUCGUCCAACAUGGAGCUCACAACUAGCAUUGCUCUCAAGUCUGAUUACUUCAACGAGAGCAUCAUGAAGUUUGAACCAUUCAUCGAGGACUGGUCAUUCAGGGUCGAGCUCAAGAAGGAUGGACGAAAGAUGCGCGCUGCAUUCAUCGCUACUCAGUGCAUGCUCAAUGUGAACAUAUCACACGCCCUGCUCCAAACAUUGGCCACAACCGUCACACUGAUCAAGGCCAAGGACAAGGAGAACAACACAUCCCUGGGCAAGAGUCUCAUGACUAGCAACACAUCACUGGCAAAGUACAUGAAGGAGGAGAAGAAGAGACUGCCAAGCAUAGAAUCACCAACAUCUGCUCGUCGACUCCAGGACAAGUUCCAAUCGCACUGGAUCAUGAACAUGACAGGUGAUAUGAUCGCCUACGAGGUGUUCAUUGAGUCGGAGGACAAGCACGACCCGACCAGGAUCACACUCGAGAACGAUCAAUCGCAGCCCAUCCACAUCAAGACGUCAAAGAGCCGUGAGGACUCCUCGAUGGGUACCAACGCCAAGCUCAACAUCUUCUUGCCCAAUGGCUCUCGGGUAAGCUCGGUGAUGCUGGAUGCCAUUGGUCAUCGACUCUAUCCACUGGAGAUCUCACAAACACAUCAAGAGGUUGAUGUAGAGUGUCGUCUACAACGCGAUGGCAGCAAGAUCAUCCACAUUCGCUCAUUGGUUGAGUUUGUCAACUCAUCAUCCCUGCCCAUCCAUGUCAAGUGGGACGAACAACCCAACGACAAAGCCGUGGUCUUGCCCUCUAGUGGUCGCUGCUCACUGCCACUCAAGUGCUUCAACAGCUUCAAGAAGCUCUACAUCAAGUUGGUGGACUCACAUCAUUGGUCUGAUGCAGUUGUCGUUGCCGACCUGCUGGCAAUGUUCAAGAAGGAUCGCGAAAAGGAGAAGGCCAAGGACAAGAACGUGAUCAAUCGACCCAACAGCCGAACGUUCAAGAUAGUCGAUCGUGCUGACAAUCCGGCAUACAUGGCCAUAUCUGUGGUCAAUGAGAAACACCAGUUUGCGCCACAUAUCAUCCAUGAGAGCAAGGAUUUCCAGACGAUAUCAUUCUUGGCCCCUGUCCAAAUCGAGAACCUGCUCCCAAUCCCAUUCACAUUGUCCAUCAACAAGACGGCAACCAAGCUUGAGAGUGGCAGCAAGAUUGACGUGUUCUCAUACAUCCCUGGUGGCGCAGCUCUCAGCGCCACAAUCUCUGGCAUUGACCACUUCUCGGACGCCACUCAAUCACUCCUAUCUGGCGACUCGUCGUCCGUUGCCAAACACUUCAAAUUGCAUGGCAGUGGAGGAAGCAAAGACAGCCGUGAGAUUGUUUUGGAGAUUGAGAAGAUCGAGGAUGUCAAGGGUGUGAGGAUGCUCGCCAUCUACUGUCCCUACUGGUUGGUCAACAACUCCAUGCUCGACCUCGUUGCCAAAGGUGAUGGAUUCACUGUGGACAUUCCAACCAAUAACUACUCAGUCAUGAACUCGCCAAUUCUCUAUCAUGACAGCUCUAUCCGUUUGAGAGUCAAGAGUGACGCCAGUAGCAGCAGUAGCAGUGGCAGUGCCACCAAGUUGAAGUACUGUGCAUCGACACCCAUUGUCACAGUUGGACACACUGGAUCACUUAGUCUACCCAGUUCCAAUGGAGACAAAUCCUAUGCCGUAUCAUACACUGUGGACUUCUGCCACAACAGCAAGUUUAGAUUGAGCAAGGUUGUCACAUUGUCUCCACGCUACGUCGUCCAGAACAAGCUGGACUGUCCCAUCCAAUUGUAUCAGACCACCAAGCCAACCAGCAAGGAGUUGAUGCACUUGCAACCGAAUGAGUUCAAACCACUCCACUGGCUGCCAUCCGAUGAGGACGAGCAGAACCUCUGCUUCAAGACAGCAAAGUCACGCGAUAUGUCUGGUGCCUUUGCCAUUGACAUGGUUCAAGACCUUGUGCUCAGACUCCGUGGUCGUUCAGUUGCCGAUGACAUCAUGGCCAACAUCAGCAUCAAGGAGGAGAAGGGUACCAACUACAUCAUGAUCAAUCACAUCAGCAUCGAGCACCCGCCCUACCUCAUCCAGAAUGACACGCCCUUCAAGAUAUCAUAUCAGCAGAAGUGUGAUAAGGAGAACCCUGCCGACCAAGAUAUUCUUGAGCCUGGCCAUAAGCGACCAUUCGCUUGGGACGACCCCUCUGGCGCAUACAUCCUCAACGCAUUCGUCGAUGGCAUGCCACUAAAGAAGCAGCUCAAGCUCAAGAAGAUCACGUGUUAUCGCAUCAAGUGGGAGCAGAAUCACUCCAUCUACGUGACCAUCACGGUUGAGCGAUCAAGCCGCGUGGUUAUGUUCUCCACACAUAGCCACAAGUUCCGCCAGGUCAAGAACUGGAAGGAGAACUGCAACACCAAGGUGGACAGCGAGUCGUCUGCCAUGCAGUUGUUCGUGCGCAUGUCUGGCAUAGGCCUGUCAAUCAUCGAUCAGACGCCCAAGGAGCUAUGCUAUCUCUCACUUCAGGAGCUGUUCCUUCAGAUGGAUCAGUCCGAGUUUGAGCAAUCACUCGAGGUCAAGAUUGGCGACAUUCAGAUUGACAACCAGUUGGUGCGCACAGAGUUCCCCGUCCUGCUGUACAGCGUCAAGAAGCCAGACAAUCCAAAGGACUUCCUGCACAUGUCAGUCAUCAAGUCGUCCUUUGACGACAUUGAUCACUUUAGAUACUUCUCCAUACUCAUCCAAGAGAUGAUGCUCGAGGUUGAGGACCAUUGGCUGAAGCAGGUACUGGACUUUGCCACAUCCCUACCCGACUUUAACAAGAGUGCAUCGUCCGCUCAGUCACAGGCAUCCUCUGCACAGUACGACCACAGUGAUCUGUACCCUGUGUUUGACUUGAAGCCACCCGCUCAAGACUCUUCUUCAUUGAGGAUGGUUUACUUUGCCCUGCUGGUGCUCAACCCCAUUAUGGUCAGCAUCACACUCUCACUUCAACCUGACGGUCUGUUCAAGACGGACACCAAGAUCCUGAGCUCCAUCGAGGGACUUGGCUUCACGCUCACCAAGCUAGACCGCGCGCCAAUCUCACUGCAGGGUCUGUUCAUGCAGCAUCCAUUCUCGUCCUGGAGUACCCUUAUCGACAAACUCAAGUCAACAUACAUCAAACAAGCGUUGCGACAGUUCUACAACAUCCUUGGCUCAGUCGAUGUGAUUGGCAACCCAGUCGGACUCUUUAGGAACUUUGGCACAGGUGUCCAGGACUUCUUUGUCGAGCCCGCUCAGGGGCUUGUCGAGUCGCCAGCAGCAUUCGGCAAGGGACUGGCCAAGGGCACGACCUCCCUACUCAAGAACUCUGUCUAUGGCACAUUCAACUCAAUCUCAAAGAUCACUGGCACAAUCGGUUCAGGAAUCGCAACACUCUCCUUUGAUGACAAGUAUCUCCAGGAACGCAAGGCACAAAAUGCAAAGAAGCCCAAGCAUCUUGGUGAGGGACUGGCAAUGGGUGGCAUCGGUCUUGGCAAGGGACUAUUCCAAGGUAUCACUGGCAUCGUCACCAAACCAAUCGAGGGCGCCAAGAGAGACGGAAUGGCUGGACUGGCCAAGGGACUGGUCCAAGGUGUGGUCGGCGUUGCAGUCAAACCAGCCACGGCUGUAAUAGACAUGACGACCAAGGCCACUGAGGGCAUCAGGAACACGACCAAUCUACACGAGACCAAGGACAGGAGCAGGCCACCCAGAUACUUUGGCGCUGAUCAACUACUCAAACCAUUCGAGAUGGACGAGUCGACUGGAUGGUUCCUGCUCAAGUCAAGUCACAAGGGCAAGCACUCACUGGACAACUACUUCUGGCAUUGCGAGGUCAACGAUGAGUGCACGAUCAUACUGUCAGAUCAGCGACUGAUCUACCAAAAGACCAAGAAGAGCAUACUUCAGAGCAACUUCCUCUUCCAAAUACCCUACACGUACAUCAGUGCCAAGGAGACAAUGUACGAUGACAAGAGGAAGGGAAUUGUGUUGAAGAUGCACACGCCAAUUGAUCUCAGUCUGAUUGAGCGAUCAGUGACACUCAAGCUCAUACCUGUCAAAGAUGGAAAUAUCGCCACUUUAUUCAAGGUGAAGCUAGAUUAUGCCAUGGCGAUGAUGAAUGCACAACCCACAACCAUUACAUCACCAACAUCAUCAUCGUCGGCAACCAACAAACAAUAG